UAGGAAACACGAGUCCGAGCUGCGGCGGGGGACCCGGCCAUGAAUGACGGAGGCCUACGUUUUCUAAGAACCGCUCGCCAGGGAACCCAUCUGCCGCCACCAUGUCCGGCAGGAACAACAACAAGCUGCCCAGCAACCUGCCGCAGUUACAGAACCUCAUCAAGAGGGACCCGCCGGCCUACAUCGAGGAGUUCCUGCAGCAGCAUAAUCACUAUAAAUCCAAUAUGGAGAUUUUCAAGUUACAACCAAAUAAGCCCAGCAAAGACCUGGCAGAGCUAGUCAUGUUCAUGGCACAGAUUGGCCACUGCUACCCAGAGCAUCUCAGUAACUUCCCGCAGGAGCUGAAGGACCUGCUCUCCUACAAUCACACUGUCUUGGAUCCAGACCUCCGCAUGACGUUUUGCAAAGCCUUGAUCUUGCUGAGGAAUAAGAAUCUCAUCAACCCAUCGAGUCUGCUAGAGCUCUUCUUCGAGCUCCUGCGCUGCCCGGACAAGCUCCUACGGAAGACCCUGUACACACACAUUGUGACUGACAUCAAGAACAUCAACGCCAAACACAAGAACAAUAAAGUGAAUGUGGUGCUGCAGAAUUUCAUGUACACCAUGUUGAGAGACAGCAAUGCGACUGCAGCCAAGAUGUCUUUGGAUGUGAUGAUCGAGCUCUACAGAAGGAACAUCUGGAAUGAUGCCAAAACUGUCAAUGUUAUCACAACUGCAUGUUUCUCCAAGGUCACCAAGAUCUUGGUCGCCGCUUUGACGUUCUUCCUCGGCAAAGACGAGGAAGAGAAGCAGGACAGUGACUCAGAAUUCGAGGAUGACGGACCCACGGCGAGAGACCUGCUAGUGCAGUACGCCACGGGGAAGAAGGGCUCCAAAAACAAGAAGAAGUUGGAAAAGGCGAUGAAAGUGCUGAAGAAACAAAAGAAGAAGAAGAAACCAGAAGUGUUUAACUUUUCAGCUAUUCACUUGAUUCAUGAUCCUCAAGACUUUGCAGAGAAGCUUCUGAAGCAGCUGGAGAGCUGUAAGGAGAGGUUUGAAGUGAAGAUGAUGCUCAUGAACCUCAUCUCCAGAUUGGUGGGAAUUCACGAGCUUUUCCUCUUCAACUUCUACCCUUUUGUGCAACGGUUUCUGCAGCCCCACCAGAGAGAAGUCACAAAGAUCCUUCUGUUCGCUGCACAAGCCUCUCAUCACCUAGUGCCUCCAGAGAUUAUUCAGUCAGUGCUCAUGACGGUGGCCAACAACUUUGUUACUGACAAGAACUCUGGAGAAGUCAUGACCGUAGGAAUCAAUGCUAUAAAGGAAAUCACUGCUCGAUGUCCUCUGGCCAUGACUGAAGACCUCCUUCAGGACCUGGCUCAGUACAAGACACACAGAGAUAAGAAUGUGAUGAUGUCUGCCAGAACCUUGAUACAUCUCUUCCGGACACUGAACCCUCAGAUGCUGCAGAAGAAGUUCCGGGGCAAACCCACUGAGGCCUCCAUCGAAGCAAAGAUACAGGAGUAUGGAGAGUUGGACGUGAAAGAUUACAUUCCAGGAGCGGAGGUUCUAGAAGUUGAGGAUGAAGAGAAUGCAGAAAGUGGUGAAGAUGGGUGGGAAAGUGCCAGCCUCAGCGAGGAGGGGGAGGAUGGUGAGUGGAUCGAUGUGCACCACUCUUCUGAUGAAGAACAGCAAGCAAUCACCAAGAAACUGGACAGCAUGCCCAUGGAGGAGCGGAAAGCCAAAGCCACGGCCGUCAGCACCAGUCGCGUUUUAACGCAGGACGACUUCCAGAAGAUCCGCAUGGCCCAGAUGAAGAAGGAAAUGCAUGCUGCCCCUGGGAAAGCCCAGAAGAGGAAAUACAUUGAAAUCGACAGUGAGGAGGAGUCCAGGGGUGAAUUGCUGUCUCUUCGGGACAUUGAACGCCUUCACAAAAAGCCCAAGUCUGACAAGGAGACAAGACUAGCAACUGCAAUGGCUGGAAGGACAGACCGAAAGGAGUUUGUGAGGAAGAAAACCAAAAUAAACCCCUUUUCCAGUACCACAAAUAAAGAGAAGAAAAAACAGAAGAACUUUAUGAUGAUGCGAUACAGCCAGAAUGUCCGGUCAAAAACAGCGCGCUCCUUCCGGGAGAAGCAGCUAGCACUACGAGAUGCACUUUUGAAAAAGAGGAAAAGAAUGAAGUAACUUACCAGGAAGUUAUCCAUUCCUGCCCAAUGCUGUGUCUGUCAACAUUGCCAACAAUUAGUAAAUAUUUGCUAACAUUAAAUAGUCAAGAAACAAUUAUAUAUUUUGGAAGCCACAGUAACGUUUGUAGCAAUUUGAUAUUUUUAAUUUAGAGGUGGGGAUGGUGGGAAUGUGAAACGUAAAUUGUAGUGAUGUUAAAAACUCAUUUGUAACUUAAACAGAAAUACUGCGUGUCCACUAAUUGUCGCUGCAUAUGUAGCUGAGUGAGCCACAGCCCUUGCCUAAGGGCAGAUGUAUAUAUGGUGUUUAUAGUUAGCUGUAAAUAGUCCCCUGGUAGCAGUUAGUCCACAUUCCUGGGGCCGCGGGGCUCCUGGACUAACUGUGCGGGGAUGGGAGUUACCCAUGCCCUUCA